UGGACUGCAGACAGCCUGUGUUGUUGACUGUAAGUCGAUUUCCAUCUUUCAGAUACUACUUGGAAUGGGCUAUGCGUCUUGGAAGGGGGUGGAAGUAAGGAGGAGGAGAUGUGAGCAGAGUUCUCGAAGCUCCACUCCUCUGGGAAAGCUGAGCGGUGAGGGAACUGUCUUAAAGAGUAGAGAGCUUAUGAAUUGGAAAAGACCCUGAUAGCUGAGUCCCAGCUCCUCUCCGGAAAAGCAAAUGCUUCUGAUACUGUGCUCAUCGCCUGCAUCACACUGCAUACUUUAAUACAUUAUUGACAUUAAAUUAACAUCCAUAGUGAACUCACAUUGACAGACCACAUGCUUUGAAAGCUUGGGAAAUUUAACAUGAACAUGCCAUGUGGAAACUUUGAAUCAUAGAAUACUGCCAAAUACUUGAAUAAGGAACAUCUGAUCUGUUAUGUAAGAGAACUCAUUACUACCAUCAUGACAAACCAGGAAAAAUGGUCCCACAUCAGCCCCUCAGAAUUUUCCCAACUUCAGAAAUAUGCUGAAUAUUCUACAAAGAAAUUAAAAGAUGUUCUUGAAGAAUUCCAUGGUAAUGGUGUGCUUGCAAAGUAUAAUCCUGAAGGGACAAUAGACUUUGAAGGUUUCAAGUUAUUUAUGAAGACAUUCCUGGAAGCUGAACUACCUGAUGACUUCACAACACAUCUUUUCAUGUCCUUUAGCAACAAGUUUCCUCAUUCUAGUCCACUGACAAAAAAUAAGCCUUCUCUCCUUUCGGGUGGUCUGAGAAUGAAUAAAGGUGCUGCCACUUCUCCCCGUACUUCUCCUGCAAACAUGUGUUCCCCGGAAGUGAUCCAUUUGAAGGAUAUUGUCUGUUACUUGUCUCUUCUUGAAAGAGGAAGACCUGAGGAUAAACUUGAAUUUAUGUUUCGUCUUUAUGAUACAGAUGGGAAUGGAUUCCUGGACAGCUCGGAACUAGAAAAUAUCAUCAGUCAGAUGAUGCAUGUUGCAGAGUACCUGGAAUGGGAUGUCACUGAACUUAAUCCAAUCCUCCAUGAAAUGAUGGAAGAAAUUGACUAUGAUCAUGAUGGAACAGUCUCUCUGGAGGAGUGGAUCCAAGGAGGAAUGACAACAAUUCCACUGCUUGUGCUCCUGGGCUUGGAAAAUAAUGUGAAGGAUGACGGACAACAUGUGUGGAGACUCAAACACUUUAACAAACCUGCUUACUGCAAUCUUUGUCUGAACAUGCUGAUUGGCGUGGGGAAGCAGGGCCUCUGCUGCUCCUUUUGCAAGUAUACAGUCCAUGAGCGCUGCGUGGCUAGAGCUCCCCCUUCUUGUAUCAAGACAUAUGUGAAGUCCAAGAAGAACACUGAUGUCAUGCACCAUUAUUGGGUUGAAGGUAACUGCCCAACCAAGUGUGAUAAGUGUCACAAAACAGUUAAAUGUUACCAAGGCCUGACAGGACUACAUUGUGUUUGGUGUCAGAUCACACUGCAUAAUAAAUGUGCUUCUCAUUUAAAACCUGAAUGUGACUGUGGACCUUUGAAGGACCAUAUUUUACCACCCACAACAAUCUGUCCAGUGGUGCUGGACAGACAAACAACUGCAAAAAAGGAUAAGACUGUUUCCCAGUCUUCAAACAAAGUGACCACUGACAAGAACAAGAUGCAAAGAGCCAACUCUCUUACAGUGGAUGGACAAGGCCUACAGAUCAAUCCUGUUCCAGGUACUCAUCCACUUUUAGUUUUUGUGAAUCCUAAAAGUGGUGGGAAACAAGGAGAACGAAUUUUCAGAAAAUUCCAAUAUCUGCUAAAUCCACGUCAAGUUUACAGUCUUUCUGGAAAUGGACCAAUGCCAGGAUUAAACUUUUUCCGUGAUGUUUCCAACUUCAGAGUCUUAGCUUGUGGUGGAGAUGGAACUGUGGGAUGGAUUCUGGAUUGCAUAGAGAAGGCUAAUGUGGUCAAGCAUCCUCCAGUUGCCAUUCUUCCUCUUGGAACUGGCAAUGAUCUAGCAAGAUGUCUGCGAUGGGGUGGAGGUUAUGAAGGUGAGAAUCUGAUGAAGAUUCUAAAAGACAUUGAAAGCAGCACAGAAAUCAUGUUGGACAGGUGGAAGUUUGAAGUCAUACCUAUUGACAAAGAUGAGAAGGGAGAUCCAGUGCCUUACAGUAUCAUCAAUAAUUAUUUUUCCAUUGGUGUGGAUGCUUCGAUUGCACAUAGAUUCCACAUCAUGAGAGAAAAACACCCAGAAAAAUUCAACAGUAGAAUGAAAAACAAAUUUUGGUAUUUUGAGUUUGGCACAUCUGAAACUUUCUCAGCUACCUGCAAGAAACUACAUGAAUCUGUGGAAAUAGAAUGUGAUGGUGUACAGAUAGAAUUAAUUAACAUCUCUCUGGAAGGAAUUGCUAUUUUGAACAUACCAAGUAUGCAUGGAGGGUCCAAUCUUUGGGGAGAGUCUAAGAAAAGAAGAAGCCAUCGACGUAUAGAAAAAAAGGAAACUGACAAAAGGACCACACUCACAGAUGCCAAGGAGCUGAAGUUUGCAAGUCAAGAUCUAAGUGAUCAUCUGCUGGAGGUGGUUGGCUUAGAAGGAGCAAUGGAGAUGGGACAAAUAUACACAGGUCUGAAGAGUGCUGGACGUCGACUGGCUCAAUGCUCCUCUGUGGUUAUCAGGACUAGCAAGUCUCUGCCAAUGCAGAUUGAUGGAGAGCCAUGGAUGCAGACUCCCUGUACAAUAAAAAUUACACACAAGAACCAAGCCCCAAUGCUGAUGGGUCCUCCUCCAAAAUCUGGGUUGUUCUGCUCCAUCAUCCAAAGAACAAGAAAUCGAAGCAAAGAAUAAUCCUGUAUCACUUCAUUCUUAGAGUUCUUAUUAUCAUAAUUGGGCCAUAGAACACUUAUGCUGGAACUCUUUGAACCAUUUCAAAUUGUCUGCUCAUGCAAAGUCAUGGAAUUGAUUUAAAAUUUUGUCUUAUUGAGCUAAUGUAAAAUUUGGCUUUUUGUCUUUUUAAAGGCAUCAUUGCAUGACAAAAGCAGUUUAUAUGAAGUGAUGCUGAAUAUUUUUGUUGCAUGCAGUCUCAUAGAUUUUUAUGUCUCCUACCAAUUUCUCUUUCAAUUUAUAUCUACUAAUCUAUGGGGGAAACCUGUGAAACAUAUAAAAAGGAACUUAUGAGGAGAAAUGUGAUUUUCAAUGUGAUUCUAGUUACUAGUAAGCACUAAUCAGUAAUGCUACAAUGAUCAUAAUUGCAGGUCCUUAAACUUUUCCAUUUUAGGAUCAGUGUAUUUUUGACAUAUAAAAUAAGGAGAAUUUUUUAUUGAAAGAUUAUAUUAAUAGUUGUCUAUGUAACCCUGAUAUAUCUAGUUUUCUUCAACAACUUACAGAUUCGAAUGGGUUUAAAAUAUCAGAUAUAAAGUUUUCUUGUAUUGAAAUACAGAAAGUAUUUUUGUUGUGAUUGUUUAGUUUUGUUUUUAAUUCCAAGAAUAAAUUAAAACAUGUUA